AUGGUUUGCGCCAAGGAGCGUGAGAAAGGCGUUGCUGGCUCCAAAGUGGACUCCAAAGCCUCCAAGGCGGAAAAGGAGGCGCUUUGCGAAGCCAGGCUGCGGGACUUGGAGGAGCGCCGCGCCUCAGCGCCCAGGGCGCUGGGCGCCAUGGUGCGGUCCAUGCUGGGGAAGUUGAGAGGUUUGGAGUUGGCGGACGACAUGGGCUUGCCCAAGUCGCUGCUCCAGAAGCAGGUGCUUCGCAUUGGCACCAUGUGCUCCGGCACAGAUGCCCCGGUGCUGGUGGCCAGGGCUUUGGAGAAGGAGCUGAGGGCUUGUGGCUCAGAGGUGAGCUUCCAGCACGCCUUUUCUGUUGAGUUCGACGCUGCCAAGCAGGAAUUUCUGAAGGCAAACUUCCCGGACUGCCCUUUGCUUUUCCGAGAUUGCACGCAAAUGGGAAGGAAGCGCGCAUUCGAGGUGCUGUCGCGGCAGCCGCAGCCGGUACCGGGCGACCUGGACAUCCUGGUGGCCGGCUUUAGCUGCAAGGACCUGUCCUUCAUGAACUCCUACAGGAAGACGCUCCAAGAGAUGGGUCAGUCGGGCUCCACUCUGCGCGGGGUGUUGGAUUACGCAGAGAGGUACCGGCCCCGGCUGAUCUUGCUUGAGAAUGUCUGGGCCAUUGCCAAGAGCAACAGCUGCGGCUUUCGGCAGGUGGAUCUUGUGAUGGAGGGCCUCAAGGCUCGCGGAUACGCUGCAGGCUUCCGAUUGCUCAACAGCUGCGAUUACUUUCUGCCGCAGAUCCGACACAGGAUCUGGAUGUGGGCCAUCCGCAUUGAUGCCGCCCCCGACGAGAGCGCUCUGAGCGAAGCCGCGCGCGAGCGGGCGGAGCUUGCGACGCGGCAGGUUGAGUCCAAGUACAACGACAUCUUGGUGGCCUUGGAGGAGCCGUGCGCGUUGCACUUCGAGGAUUACAUGCUAGAUGACGAUCACCCGAUUGUCCGAGCGCACUUCCAGUGGAUGAAGUCGUUGCAGCGCCGGAGUGUCCUCAAGAAGAAGCGCGGAGCGAAGCUGGACUGGACGGAGAAGUAUGACAGCCAUCGGACCAGGAACGACUACCAAUAUGACCGCCCCUAUACCGCAGUGCGGGAUGCGGACUUUUUGCAGGUCCUGAACGAACGGGAAAGAGAGCUGCUGGACCUGAAAUGUUUAGACGUUAUGAACGAACAGGGAAAGGACCCCCGCACUGUGCCGAUGCUCUGGGAGCUGAGCCAAAGUGUGGAACGAGUGCCAGGGGUCCGCGUUCGCCGUGAUCGUCAGAACUAUGCCACCUGUAUUUUGCCAGGUAUGCUGUGGCACUCCUCGCGGCACCGCUGGGUGCUGGGUAUCGAGAAGCUGGCGUUGCAGGGCAUUUUCGCCGAGGACCUACGGGACACCAACUUCCCUCAGAAGUUGCUUGGGGACCUCGCUGGCAAUGCCUUUACCACGUCAGUCUGCGCGGCCAACAUGAUUGCGAUCAUCGCCUGUGCGGGAGCGAUGAACGGCUCGCCAUAGACACGGGUUCGACUGCCAGACGCAGACCUCCGGAUGUUUUUUGCUUCACACGGUCGGAGGUCUGGGCUUAGGAGCAGUGUCGCUAUGAAAGGACAAGGU